AUGGCAGCCUCUGAGUCAAACACUAAAAACUCUCUUCACAUCCGUUCUAACAGCUUUCCAUCUGCAACUCACCCCCUUGUAUCACAAUUUGAGGAGCAUCUUAACAGAUUGAAGUCUUCUGAAUCUGCUUCUUCUUCUUCUCUAAGCCAGAAGCUCAGUGGUUUGCAAGAUUUGUAUGACUGCACUGAUAAGUUGCUCCAGAUGUCAAUCAACCAACAAACCAUUGAAAAAGAAUGCAGCAAAAAAUGGGUUGAUGAACUACUUGACAGGUCUCUGAGAAUCUUGGAUAUUUGUACGGCUGCAAGAGAUUGCCUACUACAGUCGAAGGAAAGCAUGCUUGAACUUUGUUCACUCAUUCGAAGGAGGAGAGGCGCAGAAACUGGAUUCACAGUUGAGGCUGGAAAAUACUUGGCUUCAAGGAAGAACAUGAAGGCAAUACGAAAGGCCUUUAGAAAUUUCAAAGGAAUGACAUAUGAGUUCCCUACAAACAGAGAGAAUGACAUUCUUAGCAUAUUAAAAGAAGCAGAAGCGGUCACUGUGAGCACAUUAGACUCUUUGUUGACCUUUAUCUCUGAUCCAAAGGGACAGUUAAAGCAAAACAGAUGGUCAGCAAUCUCCAGGUUGAUUCAACCAAAAAGAGUAGCUUGUUCUGAAGAAUCAGAAUCAAACGAAUUUGAGAUGGUUGAUGUGGCUUUGAGAUCUCUCACAAGGUACAAGCUUGAUUCUUCUGAGAAUCUUCAAGCCUAUAUGGGAAAUCUGGAGAUUUGCAUUGACGAUUUAGAAGCAGCAGCUGAGAGCCUCUCAAGGAAACUAAUCAAAACCAGAGUUUCCCUUCUCAACAUCUUCAACCACUAGUUUCAUAAAUUAAUUAGAACAACCUUUGACACCCAAAUCCAAUUUUCCCAUGAGUGUCCCAUACUUGCACAGUAUUGUAAUUAUAGAUGCUAUUUUGUCACGGAAUAUAUGUUAUCUUGGGAUCACAAUACUGUCAUUUGACCAUUUGUCUUCUUUCCAACCCUUAAAAACAAAAGAAGUUUCAGUUUUUCAUUUUUC